CUAACCUCUGCUGCACUGAAAACCUUUAGGAUUAUGCAGAAUUCCUACAGAGAACUUUCUUCCUGGAAUUUACAAACCAAUGUGUUCUUAGAGAACCUUUUAUCCAGCAUUCGCUCACGGCCUAUGCCAUGGGAAGGACAUGAACGGGCAGGAUUAAUAACAGGUACAGAUAUCAGGAGGAUUAAGGCGUUAGAUUGGCAGCCGAAGAGGGAGCGCUCGGCACUUCUUUUGAAGGAGGGGAAAGAAUAUGCAGAACUUUUUCUGAGAUUGUUUCAGAAUGUACAAAAGAUUGAUCUUCUUCAAUAUCUGUUGAAUCUGUGUGUAGAUCUUCUUGAUGAUGUUCCGGAGUUUUCUAAUAUUCUUCUUUUAUACAAGAAUAAGGAGAACCUUCCAUUCUCUCCGUUGUUAAGAUUGUUAAAACAUGAUGAUCAAGUUAUAUCUUUAUUAUCAGGCAAAAUGAUUGCAACGUUAAUUAGUUCAGUACCAUUGAUUCCUAUAAAUAUUCUUUCACGUUUUUUUGAAUGGAUUUCUUCUCUAUGUCAAUCGUCUGAUCUUAAUAUUCAAGAUUUAGCAGCUCAAGCAUUAAUUGAAGUGCUUAAAACAUCAUUUAAUCGUCUUCAGUUUUGGAAAGAAUCAUCAUAUAUGCAAAAUUUAAUAUGUAUUUUAAAAAACAAUCAUGAUAAUUUACAAUUGCAAUACCAUACAUUACUUGUUAUAUGGCUUAUUACAUUUGAACCAAAAAUAUCAAGAGAAAUUAACAGACGACAUAGUAUUAUCCUUAUUUUGGUUAAUUUAUUAAAAAACGUUAUAAAGGAAAAGAUAAUUCGUGUUAUUUUUGCUAUAUUUAGAAACUUAAUUAACUUGGCUCAUUCUGAAAAUUUCUCAACUAUGUUGGCUAUUAAACUUCUUCCACUUACAGAAACUAUUUCAGAUAAAAAAUGGCUUGACAAAGAAGCAAUUGAAGAUAUAGAUUAUGUAAAAACGAGUUUAAAGGCAGAUCUCGAGGGAUUAGCUACAUUUGAUGAAUAUAUUUUAGAAAUAGAGUCUGGACAUUUAAGCUGGACACCUUCACAUUCAUCAGAGAAAUUUUGGAAAGAAAAUUCGUUUAAAUUAAUGAAUAAUGAUAGCCUAUUACUUAAAAAAUUAGUUCGUUUACUUAUUUCUUCAAAAGAUCCUCUUGUUCUAGCAGUAGCUAUUCAUGAUAUAGGUAAAUUUAUUCAAUAUUAUCCAACUGGGAAAUCGCAUGUGCAAAAACUUGGAGCUAAACAAAAAGUUAUGGAAUUAAUGACACACACUGAUUCCGAUGUAAAAUUUGAAGCCUUAACUACUGUUCGGUUAUUUAUGUCACAGUCUUGGAAUUAAAAAUCCUAUUUUAAUCAUUCUUAUUCUAGAUAUUUUAUU